AUGGGCCAAGGGGACGAGAGCGAGCGCAUCGUGAUCAACGUGGGCGGCACGCGCCACCAGACGUACCGCUCGACGCUGCGCACGCUGCCCGGCACGCGGCUUGCCUGGCUGGCGGAGCCGGACGCCCACAGCCACUUCGACUAUGACCCGCGCGCCGACGAGUUCUUUUUCGACCGACACCCGGGCGUCUUCGCUCACAUCCUGAACUAUUACCGCACCGGCAAGCUACACUGCCCGGCCGACGUGUGCGGGCCGCUCUACGAGGAGGAACUGGCCUUCUGGGGCAUCGACGAGACGGACGUGGAGCCCUGCUGCUGGAUGACGUACCGCCAGCACCGCGACGCCGAGGAGGCACUGGACAGUUUUGGCGGCGCGCCCCUGGACAACAGUGCCGACGACGCGGAUGCCGACGGCCCCGGCGACUCGGGCGACGGCGAGGACGAGCUGGAGAUGACCAAGAGACUGGCGCUCAGUGACUCCCCAGAUGGCCGGCCGGGCGGCUUCUGGCGCCGCUGGCAGCCGCGCAUCUGGGCGCUGUUCGAGGACCCCUACUCAUCCCGCUAUGCGCGGUAUGUGGCCUUGGCCUCCCUCUUCUUCAUCCUGGUCUCCAUCACAACCUUUUGUCUGGAGACCCAUGAGCGGUUCAAUCCCAUCGUGAACAAGACGGAGAUUGAGAAUGUUCAAAAUGGCACCCAAGUGCGAUACUACCGGGAAGCAGAAACCGAGGCCUUCCUCACCUACAUCGAGGGCGUCUGUGUGGUCUGGUUCACCUUCGAGUUCCUCAUGCGUGUUGUCUUCUGUCCCAACAAGGUGGAGUUCAUCAAGAACUCACUCAAUAUCAUUGACUUUGUGGCCAUCCUCCCCUUCUACCUGGAGGUGGGCCUCAGCGGCCUGUCUUCUAAAGCUGCCAAGGACGUGCUGGGCUUCCUGCGCGUUGUCCGCUUUGUGCGCAUCCUGCGCAUCUUCAAGCUGACCCGCCAUUUCGUGGGCCUUCGGGUCCUAGGCCACACGCUCCGUGCCAGCACCAACGAGUUCCUGCUGCUUAUCAUCUUCCUGGCCCUGGGUGUGCUCAUCUUCGCCACCAUGAUCUACUACGCUGAGAGGAUAGGGGCACAGCCCAACGAUCCCAGUGCCAGCGAGCACACACACUUUAAAAAUAUUCCCAUUGGCUUCUGGUGGGCUGUGGUCACCAUGACAACACUGGGCUAUGGAGACAUGUAUCCUCAGACGUGGUCUGGUAUGUUGGUGGGAGCGCUGUGUGCUCUGGCAGGAGUGCUGACCAUUGCCAUGCCGGUGCCCGUCAUCGUGAACAAUUUCGGGAUGUACUACUCUUUAGCCAUGGCUAAGCAGAAACUACCAAAGAAAAAAAAGAAGCAUAUUCCACGAGCACCACAGCUGGGAUCUCCCAAUUACUGUAAAUCUGUCGUAAACUCUCCUCACCACAGUACUCAGAGUGACACAUGUCCGCUGGCCCAGGAAGAAAUUUUAGAAAUUAACAGAGCAGAUUCCAAACUGAAUGGGGAGGUGGCGAAGGCCGCGCUGGCGAACGAAGACUGCCCCCACAUAGACCAGGCCCUCACUCCCGAUGAGGGCCUGCCCUUUACCCGCUCGGGCACCCGCGAGAGAUACGGACCCUGCUUCCUCUUAUCAACUGGGGAGUACGCGUGCCCACCUGGUGGAGGAAUGAGAAAGGAUCUUUGCAAAGAAAGCCCUGUCAUUGCUAAGUAUAUGCCGACAGAGGCUGUGAGAGUGACUUGA